UUUAGAAUUUGAUAAAAUGAAAAUGACUGUUCUUGCACUGCAUAUGCAAAUUUGGAUAUCAGAUAUGGUGGCAGUGGCUGCUUACUUUGGUUUCAUAGCGUUGUGGACAUGAGAAAACAUCCAGACCAAGGACAAGAAAUUUACAUACGACUCGCAUCUUCAGAAUUUGGUAUUUUUCGUUUCCUCUAUAGACGCCCUUUUCAUUUUAUUUAGUAAGCUUAUAUGCCUGCUUUUGACUGACAUUUACUUCAAUCUCAGAUCAUAUAAAGAAUAAGAGGAAGAUGAAGCGUGUUGGAACUCUUGCAGGAGUUAUUGCGUUCAUUAUAGGACUUAAGAAUGUGUCAUUUGUUAGAUUCUACGCGAAGUAAAUUACUAGAAUGGAUAAAGCGCUUGGAAAUUAUUGACGGGAUUGCUCGGGGGCUGCUGUAUCUCCAUCAGGAUUCUACGCUUAGAAUCAUACAUAGAGAUCUCAAAACUAGCAACAUUCUUCUUGAUAUUGAUAUGACCCCAAAGAUAUCAGAUUUUGGUUUAGCCAGAUCAUUUAUGGGAGAUCAAGCCGAGGCUAAUACAAAUAGAGUGAUGGGAACAUAGUAAUUUUGAAUAACUUAUUUCAGUUUAUGGCUUAAAUAACUCUGUAGCAUUUUGAUCAACCCGAGGCUAGUAUUGUAUGUUGCGAGUACUGAAAAGCUAUUUAAAACUUCAGCUCUAACUUCGAUGUCUUUUCUUGCAGCGGAUAUAUGCCUCCAGAAUAUGCAGUUCAUGGAUCUUUCUCAAUAAAAUCAGAUGUUUUUAGCUUUGGAGUCGUAGUACUUGAGAUAAUUAGCAAUAAGAAGAAUCGUGGAUUUUGUGACCCUCUACAUGAUCUAAACCUUCUUGGUCAUGCAUGGAGACUAUGGAUUGAAGAUAGGCCACUGGAGUUGAUGGAUGAAAUAUUACAUGAUGCAGCCAUAUGUUCAGAAAUAAUAAAAUUUAUUCAUGUGGCUCUACUGUGUGUACAACAGAAACCAGAAAAUAGGCCUAACAUGUCGUCGGUAGUUUUUAUGAUAAAGGGUGGAAAGUUACUCUCGAAACCAUGUAAACCCGGGUUCGAAGAGAUUUUAUAAGUAGCACAGGAUCUUCUUCAAAAGGAUGUUCAAUAAACGAAGCAUCGAUCUCGUUAGAGGCCCGAUAGAAUGCCACUGUGACACUUACAUGGCUGAAAUACAGUUAGAAUGUGCUCAAAAUUUGGUUUUGGAAAUUUGAAGAUAGAUUGAGCAUAGAAUAUAAUAGAAUUUACCAUUUUGAUCUGAUACUAUUAUUGUUGCAUGUAAUAGAAUUUUAAGUGAAAUUUUGAAUACAUACAUUAGCUACUGGUUAAGUUCCAA